GUCACUUAAACCUUACGUCAACCAUUCAUUUCUGAUAUAAGUAGCUACACAUAAAUAUAACACAGGAAGAAUGAUAGCAAAUUGUGUAACAACUGCCAUGUAUAUGUACAUAACUCUCCAUUUCAUACACAAUUUUAAUGAAUAUUUGUCCGUGGGAUAUAUGAAUAAAAAUCUAGUUGUUCCUGAAAAAGUAUUUAGAAGUUAUGCUGUCAAUCGUGAUGAACCGAUAAAUCUCACAAUGACUGGUUAUAAUUGUUUCUUAGAUUUUUCUACAAAAAUUAUAAAAUUGGAGAAUUUAUUUAAGAAAAUUCAACUGGAGUCCAUUAAUUUGUUUGAGGAUGUGAAAUCAGUGAACAUUUUCCCAUACUGUAUCCCUGCCGAAGCUUUUACAAAUGAUGAAAUAUGUUUUAAAAAUACAGAGAUCCAUAAUUUGGAGAAUUUGAAACUAGAAAACAUUGAAUUGGGCAGAAGUACGAUUCAUAAAAAAAAAAAUGAUCGUUUCUUAUACGUUUCCCAUAAGUUCGAUGAAUUAGUGAUUAGCGGAACUACUGAUUUUGUAGAUAUUGGUAACCAAGACAAAUACAACACUAGUAUUUUUAAAAGUAACUUAAUUAUUUAUCGUGAUUAUAAUAACCAAGGAUUUUUUAACUUGGAAAUUCCCUUCCUAGAGGGUUAUUCUGAGUAUAAUACCGAUAAAUAUGUAGCACAUGCAAUUGAUAUGCAAUUAAAAAGUACGCAUGACAUGACUUUUCAUCUACCAGUACGUGGUUUUAAUGGAUUACUGGAGCUUCUCGAAAAUGAAAUAAGUACUCCAUCAAUUUUUUUUCCAGAGAAUAUAACUUUUGGUUGUGGUUUUUCGGUAAAUGAAGGAAGUAAACCCCAUACAAUAUCCAUCAACACAUAUAACAUGCACUUAAACGAACAUCUCAACUAUGAUGUAUUUAACAAAGUGAAGUUUGUGAAGAUUGGUGACUCUUAUAAUACGCAGUUUGCUAUUACUUUUAAUAAACUAGCUUUUUCCUCUAUAAUGUCCGUAAAAAUUAAUGAACAACUAGUAUUUCAAGAAAACGUAGAAGUUGAAAUGAAAAAGUUACAUGUAGAGGUGGACUACUUAUCAAAUCGGUCUCCAAUGUACAAAUUAAACGUUGAAAUUUUAAAUGGAGUGAGCGUAUCCACUGAGAGUAAAAAUUAUCCUUAUCCCUUAUCCCCCCCUUUUUACAAAAAAUUAUCCAGUUGUAUCAAAGCAACAACUUUAUACAACAUGGAGGCAACCCUUGUGUUUUUAAAAUUUCUGGAAAUACACCCAAAUGCGAACACAAAUUAUGCUACAUGGAUAUAGUUUACAUUCUAAACUAUUUAAUAGGUACUAUCACCUCAAAAUCAAAUUGUAGUAUUCAAACCAUUUUUAAUGGUAUAGUCUUAACAUUAUAUUUGUGAUCUUAAAAAUCAAGAUUAGGUACACGUUUAGUAUGCUAACAAAAAAUCAUAACUCUGAUAAUGGUGUAUUUGUAACUAACCAUUUUCACUAAAUAUCCAACUAUAUGUCUUAUACCUAUUUAUCCGUCAUAUAAAUUAAAUAUUAUAAAUAUUACMAUUCUUAUGACACUCAAAAUUGGGUUGACGAAUUAUUCACAAUACAUUAAUUUAAGUUACCUGAAUUUAAAAAAUACACCUUUUCUCCACGUGAUUAAUAUUGGAAUUGACAGUUAAAGGUCAAUAUUUAUAUAGGUCCGAUAUUCAAUUCGUUAAUACUUUUAAUGGAAUUUUGGUCUGUUAUAUUUUUUCCUUAUCGUUAUCAGUAAAUGUAAUAUUAAACUAAAUAGAUUUGUAAGCAAAUACAAGGUCUAAGUGUCAGACCAAAUUAUUUAAUUUUUUUUUAGCAUACUAAAUGAGUAUCCUAUUACAUUCCCUUAAUUCGAAGCUUUC